AUGAGUUAUUUCAGCAGAAGGCAGCUUUCUAAUUCCAUUAGAACGUUGCAGAAUGAAAUAAAAAGCUCGGUUAAGUUACACCAUCGUCAGCAAAAUAGUGCAGGAAAGGGGACCAAGUUCGAGAAGUCAUUCCCAUCUUACGAAAAGAAGCCAGUGAAGAUAUGGGAUGAACAAAACAUUUCCAAGGAUGAAUUCUUCCGUAAGAAGUAUAGUUUCAUAAAUGAUAAGCAGAGAGAGGCGCUCGAUAAAAAAGUAGAAAGGCAGAGACGCCAUCGUGAGAACAGACGACAACAGGAAAACUCUGAACGGAGUACUAAUUACACCAGAGAGAGGCAGUAUACAGAAAGGUUGAAAAUACCAAAAAAUCCUCUUAGUGAGUAUGUAUAUGGAACCCACGCAGUAUUGGGGGCCCUAGUAGCCAAUAAAAGACAGCUGUUCAGAACUUUAUACGUCCUGAACUUCAAGAUCAUUAACCCUCUCAUUAGAAACCUCACCAAGCAGUUCAACUUGAGAGUGGAAGAUGAUGUCCCCAGAGACGUAUUGAAUAAUUUAUCUGGGUUUGGUGUCCAUAAUGGUAUCGUAUUAGAGACUAGACCUUUGGAAAUACCUAUGACUACGGCCUUGGGUCCACAUGAUUCUGUAAAUGGUACAUACCAGUUGGCCAUUCAGAACGAGUUGUACAACACUAUUGAGACACAGGAGAGAGAAGUUGCGAGAAGAAUGGAGCCAGACGCAGAAGAGCAAAGCGCUCCACCUCGUUAUCCAUUAGGACUCUACCUCGAUGGCUUGAUGGAUCCAAGAAAUGUUGGAGCUAUUAUCCGAAGUGGAUAUUUCCUUGGACUUGACUUUGUAGUUGUUCCAGAUUCCGAGAGUGCUAAGUUGGGACCUGUUUCUUCCAAGUCGUCUGCCGGUGCCCUUGAAAUCUCCAAUAUUUUCAAGACAAGUGAAAGUUUGCAUUUUCUUGAAAAGAGUCGUAAGAACGGAUGGGUAGUCAUUUCCACUACUGGGAAUAUGUCCGAAGCGGCAAUGGCUAAGAAUGAAGUUACCGACGAGAAGAUUAUCACUCCUGAGGACUUACAUAGUAUGUGCUCUAGGGCACCAGUCUUGUUGGUGAUGGGCAGUGAAGGCUUGGGAGUUAGAACAAAUAUCAUGAAGAGAUCAGACUAUGUUGUUGGGAUCAAGGACAACCGCGAAGGAGGUGCAGGUAUAGUUGAUUCGUUGAAUGCCAGCGUCGCAGCAGCCUUGUUGAUAGAGAAGUGCGUGAACGGGAGAUAA